AUGGCUUUGUUUGGUAGACGCAAAUCCGUCGUCCAGGUCGAGAUCACUCCUGCAGAUGAACAGGUCGAACAGAGAGAAAAAGAGAGGGAUCGCCGCAGAAAUCGCCUGUCAAAGCCCCUCACAAAUAGCAAAAUCUCCAUCACUGCAUCGACAACAAGUCUCCAGGACUCGGUGACCAAGAGCCGCAAUCAUAGUGCAACAGAGCUUGUCAACACUCACGAACUGUCUUCCCACCCCAGCAAUCCCGACCUGAGGCAACAGAUUCGAACUGAAGUGUUCGAUUCGGAUAGACUCUCACCUCAAGAUGCUUUGAAAAGUUCCUCAACACUGAGUGUGGCUCAGAUGGUCAGACAGUUCGACAAGGAUGCUACAUCUGCGAAUGCCUCAGAAGAUUCUCUGUUGCCAGUCGACAAGCCGAAGAAGAGGAAGUCAUUGCUGUUAAGACGGUUUUCCGCCCAGACUUCUUUCAAUCUGAGUCGCUCGGCUAGCAAAGAGAAAGUCAAAGUCACCAACCUCGAGGCGGUAGUCCUGUCACCCAGUUCGUCGAUGGAUAGAAUGGUUGAUGCUCCUUCUAUCCCCACUACACGUCGAGCUUCCUUCACUCCUGGAGCUGCCACUAGAAAGCCAUCAGCCGUGCUCUCCACCGAGGAAAUGAGACUUCAACAGGAGGCGAUUGAAGAAGUCGAAGAACGGAGUGUAAUAGAGUUAGACUAUUUCGAUUGGCGACCUCGACCUCCAACCAUGACUGGACGAGCUGGUACUCCUGCGGAUCUCAGUUAUUCUCAUCUGGCAGGGCUCAAAAUUGGUUCCUUGCAGGUUAUGAAUGGACGAGCCUCUCCUGCUCUAAGCGAACUGACCAUGGUCUCGAAGCAUCUCCUGACAGUGCCACGACAGCUUAGAGACGUAUCCAGUGAUUAUGGUGAUGCAGAUGAUGAUGAUACUCACGAAGUCGCUCUGAUCACGGACCGUUCCUUGCUUGUUGAAACACCCAACGCAGUCAAGGAGGCUCGAAAUUUCACCUGGGAAAGUGUCGUUGCAGACCGUGAAGAAACAGCAGAUGUCGAGUCUGAGAUAGACGUCAGGACAAAGGUUCCUCUGGACAUGGAUGAUGACCAUGCUUCCAUCAUGGCGAAGGAGUAUAUUUCAGAGCUGCCUCAGAGUCCAUACUCGGUGGCACGCUCCAGCUCUUUACCCGGUUCACUUCGACGAUUUCGAUCUGAUGAUUCCCUGCAGAGAAGUCCCUCGAUCUCUUCUUUGCAGAAAACACCUCCAAUGACAUCCUUACAAAGGACUCCUUCAAUGAUGUCUCUGCAAAGAUCUCCUUCACCCGAGAAUUACCAAGCGAAAGAUGCUACGUCUCCUGUUAGCUUUCGCACAGUAUCAAGUCUUUCGCAUACUGGUUCGGUAGUGAGGCGGCCAAGUCUACGGGUGGCUGUUGUACAACCUGACCCCUCAGCAGAUCACGAUGAUCAUCCUGCAGGUAGCGUCAUGAGCUGGUAUUCCCCGGUGGAGCCAAGCUUCAACCAGCUCGAGGCCUUCCAAUCAGCGGUCGAGUUUCAAACUCAAAGCCAACUAUCUCGACCCCAGCCUCAAGGAAACCUUGACAAAUCCGACAGUGGUUACAGCUCGAAUAAUUCUCUACGUUCUCUUCGCAUGUCUAAAGUUGCACCUAACAUCCCACAGACAUUAGUUGAACCCCCCGUUGUUGCUCAACCAUCACCAGCGGAGCCACAAACCAUGUCAUCGGAUCUCAGAUAUCGACCAAGUAUUCUUAAAUCACGAAAGACAGAGCCGAACGUACCAACGUUUGCCAAUCUACGCCCUGCCGUCAUACCGCUGAACGUAACACCGACCAGUCCGUCGCCCAUAGAUCCACUUACGGAAACAUCACUCAAGCCAGUAAAGCAAAGAAAGAAACUACAGAAGAAACGUGCGCAAAGCCAGCCACCGAGCAAGAUCGCCAUUACCAGAGUUCGUUCUUUCGAAGCAGAAACUAUUCCUGCCAUCCCUCAAGAUGUCAGAGAGAACCUGCGAAUCCGAACACAAGAAGUCCCGGAACUUGAACAGACAUACGCCAGACUAAAUAAUCAAGCCAGUCUAUCAACCAUGUUUCUUCCAACGCAUGAAGUCAGAUUUCCUUCGCCUGAGCCAGAGCGAAAACCCGAGGUACGCCGUUCAAGAUCCAUUAGCAGACCUCGAUCGUGGAUAUCUCGACCAAAAGAAGACAACACAAGAUCAAGAAACAUCUCCGAUCUCAGUCAAAGUGAUGCCCUUGCCAUAAUUAAUGACUUUGGAACCGCGGCGUCAUCACUUGGAAAUAAUCCAUAUCAUAUUGCUCAUGAAAGUAUGAUCCCAAACCCUCCUGCUCCCAAACACUUGCAUAACAAAGCACCGCGUCCGAAAUCUAUGAUGGAUGACAAGUCUGCUGCUGUCGUUGCCAAGUUUCGAAGACGGUCAUACCAACAGCGCGAGGCGUUCUCUGAUAGACGACCAUCUUUUAAUGACAGAGGUGGUAUUCCUGGCAAACCUCUUCGUCCAGGCAGCUUCAUCAGUGACAACCCACCGAUAACUCAGGAGAUGCUUCAGACUGUAUAUCGAACCUCCUCCAUGCAAAGAGGGGCAUCACUAGAGGACAGUCUAGCUCCUCCUGCUCCGUCCCAUUCUCCACCACCUCCUCCACCCCACUCACCUCGUCCAGCUUAUGUGGACUAUGAGGAAGAUUACUCGGACCUAGUGGUUGCACCCCCUCCACCAUCCCACUCGCCACGACCUGUCGAUAUCACUCCAGAUCCUUGGGCGGCUCAAGCAGCUAGCUGGAGAUCUCGAAGACAGUCCAUUGGUCUUGCGCUGAAGGAACAAGCUGGAUAUUCUCAAGGAAUUGAACAGGCGGGGCAUCAUGUUGAAGAACCCCUUUACCCUGCUAUUCCUCCUCGCAAUGAUCCACAAAGAGCAGGCUGGGCGCAAUAUACCACUUCGCCAGAAGAGUAUUUCCCAUCCCAAAAUUAUGCCGUUCAACAAUAUGCCCCAGAAUAUUAUCCAGAUCACCAAGAGCAAUAUCGGGGAAGAGAACAAUACCAGAAUGCCACUCCAUCUCAUGGUCGCUACUGUGAACAAUUUGCCACAUAUGGCGAUGGAACAGAUCGAGGAAGAUCUGUGAGACCCCAGAACAAAGUCCAUCGUAGACCAUUACCAGAGCCACGAAACGCACAGGCACAGUAUCAAACUCGGGAUCACUCACAAGCCCGAAGUAUUCGGAGCCAAGCAUCUUCACUCGCCGAGGAACUGCAUCCAGAACACCUCGAACCUCCUCAACCCGCACCAGAGUUUGGCCGGUAUUCUGGCGGCAUGGACUAUGGUUAUGAACGCGGAAAUGGCUUUGGUGGUUCUGCCGGGACAAGAUCCGUGAGCGGUAAGGCGGACGGUUCCAGAAAGGGUGUUCCCUUGAGGGCGAGCUAUGGGGUCGAUCUAGGAGAUGUGCCGGUUUCAUACAUGGUCAGAGUAUGA